AUGGACUUUAGCGACGAUGUCCGGACGGUUCCUGCAUUGGCGCUGUACUUGGUCAUCUGGGUUGAAUUCGGGAUAUGCACUGUCGUGAUCGCGCUGAGAGCGUACUCGCAGCUCCUCGUUGUUCGACGGCCGUUUGUCGAUGAUGUAGUGAUGAUUGGGGCUUGGGUGCGCUACCCCCUCUCUCCCUCCAUCUCGCUCAUCACUUGUCCUCUGACAUUCGCUAACCGAUAUGGUAAUGAAAAGAUAAUGCAAGCCAUCUCCUCCGGCCUCGUCACAGCCUCAACGCACUGGGGCCUAGGCCAAACUCUCGCAGAAUUAAUGCUCGAUCGCCCGCGCAUAAUCAACACGCUCAAAUACGCCAUGAUCUCGAUGCCCUUUGGCGUGUUGGGUCCCAUGCUCGGCCGGAUCUCGUUUAUACUCUUUCUACAGAACACAGUCUUGACUGUGCACGCGCUGCGCCGGAAGCUGCUUUGGGGACUUGUGGCGCUGCAGGUGGUUAUUAAUGUCAUUCCGAUUAUCUUGCAGUUCACGCAGUGCAAGCCCGCGAGUGCGUUGUGGGAUCCCUUGCUUGUUCCCACCGCGUGUCGGGAUGCGAUGGUGGUGCAGCGGUAUGGGUAUUUUCAGGGAGGUAUGUUGCGCUCCUACCUGUUGGAGGAUGGUGUUGUUGUGGUUGUCUUGGAUGUCGGUGAAGCUGAUGUCUCCAUCGCAGCAUUCAACGCCUUUACCGAUCUUCUCCUUAUAGUGCUUGGCCUGCUGGUCAUUAUCAAUCUUAAACUUCGGCUGCAGACCAAGAUUGCGCUGUGUGGGAUUUUAUCACUAAGCUCAUUGUAUGACUCGACGCCCGGCGACGAUAGCUUGCCGAUUGCUGACAUGGAUAACAGAGCAAUGGUUGCAGCCAUCCUCAAGACUAUCCAGCUUCAAUUGAUGAAUUCCUCAUCGUUUAGCUACGCUUACGCAAUGUGGUCAAUAUGGUUCCUAACCGAAGGAACCGUGAUAAUCGUCACAGUCUCCAUCCCGCGCCUCCGGCCGAUCAUAACCCUCCGCAAAAAGCGCACCCGAACAACCUACAACAACGGCUACAGUCUCGAACUCGACGGGUCCUCGCGAUCGAGAACAAAGUCGCAAGGCCAGUUACGGAACAACCAGAGUCACCGAUUUGGAAAUUCCAUCUCGAUAUUCAACGAUAGCAAGGGACCGACGACUCCGAAACCGGUCCUCAUGCGCUGGGACGACGAUAGUGGUGGGGAGAGCCAGGAUUUGAUUAUGGUUCACGAGGAGAUUGAGGUGCGGCGGGAGAUGCAGACGUUUAUACAUUCUUGA